UGAGCCGUCCCUGCCCCCCGGCUGCGGAGCCGUCAGCAGCAGCAGCAGCAGCGUUUAGCAGCAGGAGCCAUGGCCGAGACGGAGGAGCGGAGCCUGGACAACUUCUUCGCCAAGAGGGACAAGAAGAAGAAGAAGGAGCGGACCGGGCGGGCCGGCGCCGCGGGGCUCGCCGGGGGAGCCGGGCCUGCCCCCGGGACGGCGGGAGCCCGGACGGCCGAAGCGGGAGCAGCCGCCGCCGUCGCCGCCGCCCCCCCCGCCGGACCCGCGGUUGUCGUUGCCGCUGCCAACGCCAGGCCCGUGACUAAGGAUGAAGACGAAUGGAAAGAAUUUGAGCAGAAAGAGAUCGAUUACAGUGGGCUCAGAGUUCAGGCCAUGCAGAUAAGUGAAAAGGAAGAUGAAGAAAAUGAGAAGAGGGAAGAGCCAGGUGAUAAUUGGGAAGAGGCAGGUGGCGGUGGCAUAGAAAAAGCAUCUGGUCCCUGGAAUAAGACUGCUCCAGCACAAGCACCUGCUGCUCCAAGUAUCGUUACAGAAGCUCCGGAACCAGUGCCGACGGGCGGUGUAUAUAGGCCUCCUGGUGCGAGGGUGACCACGACAAGGAAAACACCGCAAGGACCACCAGAAAUAUACAGCGAUACACAGUUCCCAUCACUGCAGUCCACCGCCAAGCAUGUAGAAAGCCGAAAAUACUGAGCCUUCGUAAGGGUUGACUACCUCAGACUUGCUGCAUUCAUUGUGGACACCAUGUGGAUCACAACUUCUGGAUAAGAAGGUUACAGCUGUUAAGUGGCGAUGUGAAACUUGAAACCAGCUCUCCUGGAUUCCUAUCAGAAAUCCUGCGAAAGUCAGCCAUCUGGGUUCUGAUCUGCUAUAAGUGACAAAGAUUUAAGUGACCUUAAUUAACCUGUCCUGUGCCCCAUCCUCGAGAAAUACUUUCUAUUGUAGGCCGUGGCGAGACAUAUGAUCUCCUGGAGCACAUUUCAAAAGAAUUCAAUUCUGUUCCGAUAAACCGUGCCGAGUUUUAACUGAAAAUGUUUGGCUGUAGCCAUAUUCUGAGGUAACCAGAAAGCAAACCACACUUGCAGGCAUAUAUACGUAUGCAUAUAUGUAUGUAUGUAUACGCACACAUAUAUGUAUAUAUGCAUAUGUUCGUGUGUAUCUACAGA